AUGGUAAAGUACUACACACCGGUUGAGGUUUCCUUGCAUAACACUGAGACUGAUUUAUGGGUGUCCUAUUUAGGGAACGUAUACGAUUUAACCUCAUUAUGUAAUCUUCACAAGGGUGAUGUUUUGCUAAAGCCAAUACUAGCUGUCGGUGGCACCGAUAUUUCACAUUGGUUCGACCCGAAAACCGGUAAUCUUCGAACGCAUAUUGAUCCAAUAACUUUUGUACGCGUACCAUAUACACCGUAUGGGCGAUUCCUUCAUGUGCCACCACCGUUUCCUACAUCAGACUGGCGAAAUGAUUUUGUUAUUCCUUGGUGGCAAGAUAAAUCCUAUCUGACUGGCCGCUUAACUAAGAAGGCAAGAACUAUUCGAGUCCUAAAUACGCUAACCGGAAAUAAUUCUACAUUUGAGGUUUGCUCAGAAGAAACGAUGCUUGACAUAUUGGCACGUUACCUACCAUGCAAUGCCCAUGCCGCGUCGUACACAUGGAAAUACGGUCAAGAAGUACUUGAUAUGAAUAAGACAUUGACUGAAAACGGAAUACCAGAUGAAGAGGAAUUGUUGGAGGAACUUCUCUUAAACGUCGAUGACUUCAUUCCAGAAAUCCUCCUUUAUUAUAAUGAUGAUCUGACGGAGGCAUAG